AUGAAUACAGACUCAUCUCAAGCUCGAUACAUGGGUCCUGAAGUCCUUUUCGGCUUUGGACUUGGUCUUGGCAACCAAAUAUCCAUGACAGCGGUUCAGGGGUUUUCCAAGCCCGAAGAUGUAGCAAACUCCACUGGUAUUAUGCUUAUGUGCCAAGCUAUAAGUGGUGCUUACUUCGUUGCGGCCGCGCAGUCCCUAUUUGCAAACCUCCUACUACAUACACUCGCACAAACCGCUUCAAAUAUCGAUGCUGUCCAGGUCAUAAACACUGGUGCAACAGAAAUCCAGCAUGUCUUCAAUGGCGAUGACCUUGACGCCGUGCUCAAAGCUUACAUGAUUGGGAUCAAGGACGUUUUCGCUUUCGCUCUAGCCGGUGGUGCACUCGCUGUUCUCUUGGCCCUAAUGAUACCAUUGAGAAGACUUCCUGACCAUGGUAACAAAGAAACACAGGCAAAGGCAUGA